AACGAGCCGACGCUUACUUAGAAAAUAAUGAACAAGUAAAGAAAAUAAUUGCGGAAUGCCAUUACUUAAACGAAAAAUAUCCAACUUUGGAAGCAAAAGGGGAAGUCCAAGAGCUUAUUUUGACCUCCAUUACUGAAACUUUGGCAGGAGGAGAAUUGAAUUUAACCGCUUUUUCUAACCUGGAAAAAGAUAAUUUACCAGCCCCUUACCAAUUGGAUUUAACUUUAUUACUAAAUCCUUCCACUUUCCCAUAUCCUGAAUUAGAAAGUAGUCUAUUAUCUAUUUACUUCCCCACUAAUCAAGACAUUACAGACGGUCAAAUGAUAAAAACGACCUUAGCCAAUAACCCGGAAAUGCGAAGUAUUGAAAAUACAAGCAUUGUCGAAGACCAAAGUAAAGAAAACUUGGCUUUUAAAGCCACUAUUGAUUAUCAAAAUGGCGAAUAUAUUAUCCAAGUCCAAUAUCAUUCUCAAAGUCCUUUUAGUAAAGAAAUCUCUGAGUUAGUUAUAGUUGCCCCUUUGCGGUUUGAGAUUGAAAAUUUGAAACAGAAGCAGGAGCAAUUGCCUACUUCGGAAAACUUUGAAAAACUAACUAAGCAAAAUCAAUUAUGA